AACCUUUACUUGUGAUGUCUUGAAAUACAGUGUGAACAUUUUACUGUCACUCUGAGCAAAGUUUUGUGAGCUGUGUUGAUCCUGGGUCAGUGCGCCUCCCACUGAACAUACGUGGCAGAGCUGCUAUAAAGACACCAGAGGUGGCCGUUCAUAGGAAAUAAUUAUCUGUCAGUAGAGACAAAAACCAAACAGCAUCAACAGACGCAGUUAAUUGCAGGGUUCGGUAAAUUGCCCCACACAGUGUUGACCUUCACUCACUCACUGACAUCAAAUAAUUCAAAUGCAAAUGAGCCGCUGGAUCAGAGCUGGAAAGCUGUCCUAUAAAUACAGACAUAACUCAUCCUGUUCUCCUCGCAGGGCCCCACAGAGGUGAUCCUGCUCAGCGGGAGACGAGGAGACAUCUGAGGAAGUGCUUUUGGAGGGGAGAGUGUUAAUAACCGUAGGAUGUCCGUUGUUGGCGCGCAGCCUUUCAUCAAGCCAAUGCAGCCUGCGCCUUCUGUUUCGCCCGGUGUCCAGAGGAGACACACGCUCCCCGCGAGCGAAGUCCGACCGCUCAACACGCAGGAUGCCAUAAGCGUGUUUGAAAUCGAACGAGAAGCAUUUAUCUCAGUGUCAGGCGAGUGCCCUCUCCACCUGGACGAGGUACGUCACUUCCUCACACUGUGUCCAGAGCUGUCCAUGGGCUGGUUCGAGGAGGGCCGGCUGGUGGCUUUUAUCAUCGGCUCUCUGUGGGACCAGGACAGACUCACCACAGACGCGCUGACUCUCCACAAGCCACGCGGCUCCACCGUCCACAUCCACGUCCUCGCCGUCCACCGCACCUUCAGGCAGCAGGGCAAAGGUCCCAUCCUGAUGUGGCGCUACCUGCAGUACCUCCGCUGCCUGCCCAACGUGCGCCGAGCGGUGCUCAUGUGCGAGGACUUCCUCGUUCCCUUCUACCGGAAGUCAGGCUUCAAGGUGCUGGGGCGCUGCUCCAUCACCGUGGCCAACCUGACCUUCAUGGAGAUGUGGUACCCCAUCAGCGGCCACGCCUACAUGCGGCGCAACAGCGAGGCGAUCCGUUUCCCUCAGCAUCCCUUGACUCUGCCACUGACAAAGACUGAUGAACAUGUUGAUGUAUGACGUGAUGGUGACGUGUGUCACUGAGAUACCUGCACAGGUUGUCUUUGAUUUAAAGUCAGUGUUGUUGUCUCUGUAGGAUUUUCAGUGGCUGCUUUCUCUGGUUUGUUGGACUUCAUCAUCCAAACUGAGUCUGAUGUGAAAUUCUCUUAUCAUGUACAAUAAAACCAAGAAUGUACUUUACUGCAAUGUGAUGUAUAAUAUGUAAUAAGUUCACUCUGUUAGACUCUAUUCCGUGGUGCAUUUGUGGUACACAUUUGGAGUCAUGGCUGCACAGUAAGCUGCUCCUGCUUAGCACCAUUCUGGCCUCACACAACAAUGGACUGACGUCAGCGGCCGAGCUUUAGCUGCUCAACCACAGCUCCUCCAGCUCUAUUAGGGGGCUUUAGCUACUGUAAACGUCGUGGGAUUUAGA